AUGAGCUACCAGACCAAGACAGUCCAAGUUUGCGACAGAUGCACUGGCACCAGUGCAGGGAGUUAUGGACCUAUCACGCCAUACGGCCGAGGCCCUUUGACGCAGAUUGGUGGAAACACGGAAGACUCAUGCUACGGAGUUGAGCUUAAUGAAGAAGAAGUGUCCAUCGGCAUGUGUCAAAACUGUCGUAUCCUAGAGGCUCAGGAGCGGGAGUUUGAGAUCAUAGUUGACGGAAUCGAUAGGGCCCGCGAGUCCGGCGAAUUCACCGAUUUUACAUUGGCAUGCGACGGCCGAGAUAUCAACGUUCACAAGAUUAUUAUUUGCAGCCAAUCUCCAGUCUUCCGUGCAGCAUGCGCUGGUCAGUUCAAGCUCAUGGUCGACUACCUAUAUACAGGCGACUAUUCUAUCGGCAUGAACGAGACCGACGAAACCAACACUGCAUCAAAUUCCGGGGCGCUCUCGACUCAUGCAAUAAUGUAUGCUCUGGGGGACGAGUACGACAUCAAAGGGCUCAGAGACCUAUCAGCUCGAAAAUACUCUUGGUCCUUAGACGAAAGCCUAGAACUCGAUGACUUCCUCCUGUCAAUCCCUCAUGUCUAUACCUUAACACCCGAAAGCUCAAGAGGUCUCCGGGAUCCAGCAUUGGAGUAUGCAAGGAACAAAUUGCGAGCAGCAGGAGGACAAUCCGAUAUCCGAGAUGCCUUUGACGAGCUAGUCAUGGAGUGUCCCGAGUUCUUGAAGGAGCUCUUAUACUACUGCGUCCAGGCUCCAUCCUUGGGGUACUGCCCCUGCACUGGUCCACGGAAUAAAGUGCCAGUUGAAGCUGAAGGAUAUCGUUGCAAAGGAUGCGGGAAAGAAGGUGCAAGUCUUAGCAGGCCUGUCUAGCUAAUGCAGGUGAAAGAUUAAAAAUAGACACUGCUCGCAGUAAAGAUUAUU